AUGGAAGACACAACUACUAAUGACAUAUCGUCGGAUAAGAAAAAAAAUGUUCAUCGUCGAAUGGCUUCAUUACCUUUAAUUCAUAAUUUCCUGGCUAAGAGUAAACAGUUACUCAGUAGUUCAUCACCAGAAAUUUCACCUAUAGUAGAAAAUCUAUCAGAAGAAUCUGAUAAUGUUACAUUAUUAUCUUCGUCAUCAUCGGUACUUGUCGAUACUCAACAAUCAAAUAAUUUAUCAUCAGAUUCUAUUGAUAUAUCAUCUGAUGAUAAAUCUUUUAAUGAUCAAACAUCUGUCGGAUACCUUCCAAAUACUGACUCAUCGAAUUCAACAAUGGUUAUUGUAACAUCACCAUCAUUUACUUCCGAUUUAUUAUCUGAACAAAAUGAUUCAAUUGAUCAAUUAAAUUCAUCAUCAUUAUCUUUUCUACAAACAAAACAACGUCGAAUUGAUCAUCGAAGAAAUAAAAGUGAACCAAUUAAAUCAGCUAGUACAGAAGAUCUUGCUUCAUCAACAAUACUUGAUCUAUCUUCAAAUAAUGAAUCCUCUAUUGGGAAAAAAUCAUCAGUGAAACUAACCCCAAAUAAUAGUUCACCUUUGACAACCUCUAAACAAUUGACAUUAGAAAAAGUAUCAUCACAAUCAUCAACAACAUCAAGAAAAAAGAAACCAUGGUACAAUGUAAGUAUAAUUUCUUAUUACUUUUUCAUUGGUUAA